AUGAAUGCCAUAGUUGAAGCUUUGGCCUUCCUCCUGGGGUUUCUGGCCUGGCUGAUGGUUGGGAUCGCACUUCCAAACCGAUACUGGAAGGUUUCUUCAGUGGAUGGUAAUGUUAUCACUACAUCAACCAUCUAUGAAAACCUAUGGAUGUCCUGUGCAACUGACUCUACGGGAGUUCACAACUGCAGGGAUUUUCCAUCUUUGCUCGCACUAAAUGGGUACAUUCAGGCCUCCCGGGCGCUCAUGAUCGCUGCCAUCGUGUUCGGGACAUUUGGCCUCGUGGCAACUCUCGUAGGAAUGAAGUGCUCAAAGAUAGGAGGAGAAAACUACGUCCUGAAGGGGAGGAUCGCAGCCAUUGGAGGAGUCUUCUUUUUAUUACAGGGGAUUUGCACCAUGAUUGCCAUUUCUUGGUACGCAGCCAACAUCACGCAGCAGUUCUUUGAUCAGUUUUAUCCAGGGACAAAGUAUGAGAUUGGAGAGGGCCUGUAUAUCGGCUGGUCUUCAGGCACACUUGCCAUUUGUGGAGGAGCAUGCCUGUUGUGUGCUUGCAAAGUCAACGAUCCCAACGACAAAAUACAAUAUCCAUACCAACCAUCCUCCAGAGGACACGUGCUGUCGGCUGGGGCGAUGACUCAGUCUGCCCGCAGCAACUAUGGAAGAAAUGCUUAUGUCUGAGAGAUGACUUGACCAAUUCACC